AUGCUUCCAUUUUCUUAAUUACUUUUUAAAGGAAUUUAACCUGACAAUGGAUCCAUUCCAGUUUCCAGAUGCCGCUAGUAGACGCCCCACAAAAUAAUGUAGUCUAUUGCGCAACAGUGCAACACAUUUCAGACUUUCAGUUCGGUACCAGCCUUUGGAGUAUCGAGAACGUUUUUGUGGCGCAUUUAAAUUCUGAAUUUGACUAAUUUCUAGUGUUCUAUGAUUUUCUUUUGGGAAGUUUGUGGGUCAUAAAAACUCAUAAUAAUGGCAACAAAUAGAACUGAAGAAGAUACUUUCGGAGAACUAAUAAAAACAUUUUUAAAGGAGUUCACUGAGGGGAAAUUCAGUUUCAAUUCAAACAACGAUGAGUGUGAAGCCACAUUGAAUAUGUCCACACAUUUGUUUGCUGGUCUGAGAACUUCCCAACAAGAGAGGAAUGAUGGUCUAAUGUUGAAGAGCUUAAAAUACUUGAUGGAAAAUAAUCAAGUAAGCCGGCAGUUUACCUCGAACAUGUUACCCACCCUGCUCACUAAACAUAAGGAUAGUCUAUGUUUUUAUCUGUUGUUCCAAAAACUGAAGGAUCUUCUUCUUCAGUCACAAACAGUGAAUGAGUUGUUUUUAGUGAACACUGUAUUAUUGCUUCAGGAGAAAAAGUAUGGCCCAGCUCUUGCUGAAUCACAAAAGUUCACAGCCAAAGAACACCGAGCUAGUGGUUACGAGUCUCAAGCUGCAGCUGCGUCUGCCUUACUUGCCGGCUAUGAAACAACUCUUGAUUUCCCAUGUUUUGAAGAAAACAUACAAGUACUUAAGGAGACGAAGAUAACAUUGGCAUUGAUGUUUGCUAAACAUCCCUGGAUGAUUCCUACUUUUCUGGAAGCUUAUACCUCCAUUCUUUCCAAGUUGAAUGCUCACGAUGAAAUUGAAUUGUUCUUACGGGAAUACGUUGAAAAUGAUGGCGGAAUUGUGAGCGCUAUUCUUGCUCUGGAAAUAAUGAAAGUGUAUAUUCCCAACGGCACUAAAGGAUUAAACAUUCACUUUCUUGAGAAGAUAGCGGAGAUCGACCAAGCGAAUUCUAAGGUCUUGGAUUUGUGCAAACUUUAUUUGCAGUCCGAAUUCGAAAGAGACAUCAGUCAGGACCGUCUUAAGAAGUGCCUCAAGCUCAUGUUUGAUUUUCUAGAUGCGUAUGCCUAUCGCACACCGUCUGACGUUGUCAAAGAAGGAUGGAAUGUAAUGGCAAAUCUGAUGAACAAGAUUUGUUUGCAAGGAACCGAUGUUUGUCUGGAAGCUGUCAUUAAUGCUUGGCAUCAUGACAGAAAGAGGUGGUGGCCAUUUUUCCGUUUUUCCAAGUUUCCGUCUCCUCUUCCAUCUGGUUACGGAGAAUUUCUUUCUGAUAUGGCUACUGUAUGUCUGAUUUUGGAGUCUCAAGACCACCCUUUCGUAGUUAGCGUUAUAAAUCUUCCGGAAUGCUCCUCAUUUCAAUCGGUCGUCAUGCAUCGUUUGUCAGUGUUUCGCGACGUGAAGAUGAAUUUUGAUUCGAAGAUUAAUGCCCUGAUAACGUCAAUUCCAUUACCAAUCUUGCCGCCUUUUGCGUUGGUCUCCGAACCAACUCAAAUGGAAGUGAGUGGUGAUCAAACAAUUUCUGGGAGAGCCAGCACAGAUGAUACGGAGCAGUUAGCUCUGCAGUUUAGUAAUCUGCUUUUAAAAUCAAAACCCAUCAAAAAGAAAACGGAAUCCAAGUCUUGCGCUAAAAUUCGACGAGCUACUACUGCGAAUCUGAAGAAGCCCAUCAAAGAAUUGAUUGCCGUGAAAACAGCGCCAAGGUCCAAAAUGAGGAAAAAUCAGCGUCGUAAAACCAACUCGCCAAAACCUGCCGAGGGAAAGGAGAAUGUUUUGAAGAAAGUUGGCAAAAGAGUUAAAACGGGAAUGUCCAUCGAUGGAGCUCAUCCACUCAUCCAAGGGCCAUCGAAAAAGCCCAAAAAGGAGUUUUAAUUCAUCGUCUCCUCUGCGCUUUCCUUCUCGUAGAAUCAGCUACCACUUCUAGCGUUCCAGUAGAUUUCCGGUUCUAAAUUACUCCUUCCUUCUUAUAACUAGUGGAGAACUCAUCAGUAUAAGUUGAAUUCCAUACUGCCCAUUAGUAAGACUGUUACUUGUACAGCUGACUGCGUCGUAAAUUAAUUUCAUCCCCGUCUGUUUCUCAUAUCAUAUCUACUCAUCUCAUUUCGGCUUAAAGAUUUAUUGAAUAUAAUAAAAUUUUCUAAUUGAA